AUGAAGCGCUCCGCCUCUCCCAACCCGCAUGUCCUCUCGCCGGUAGAGAAGCGCGUCAAACCCGAGUUUCAUGACCAAGCCACCCCCAAUGCCCCCGUGGUGGGUCUCCAACAUGCUGGCCGCUCCGCCCCGUCGGUCGCCCAAGCGCUCCGCCCCCACGCUCCCUUCCAGCAAGAUGUGGCGCCGCCUCAGUUUUCUCCAACGUGUCCACCAAAGCCUCGCCCCAGUUCGACAAUCUUUAGAGAUACGCAGUGCGAAGGGCACCAGGGUAACUACUUCUCACCAUCGUCUUCGCCCGGCCACAUGAGCCCUCCUCUCAGAGAUUUCAUCGUCGGCUCGCCUACUCGCUCUCACUUUGUCUCCCCCACCGUCCACUGCGAAUAUCUCGUCUCGCGGGACAAUAGUCUCUCUUCGCCUUCUGGGUCACUCUCUAGCCACCCGCUCAUCAGCCCCACCUUCAUCUCGCCCACCAACUCCAAUUUCAGCGUCGGGUCCGCCGCCUCGCACCUCUCUGGCACGGCCAUCGCGAUCCGCACCGUCCCCACCCACUCUCUCGGGCCAGCGUCGCCGCCUCCCCCGUCGUCGUCGGCUAGGAAGAAUCUCCAGGCAAACGGCUACGACCACAACAAGGCUAGGUGUGAGUUCCAACGGGCUCGGGCGAAAGGUGAAUCCAUCACAAGCAACUCGUCCCCCACUUUCGCGGCUCUCCUCAACAGCACUCUCACCGCCAACAAGACUUCGUCGGGGGGACCUAAGUCUCAAGCGCCCCCGUCGAAAAAAUCAACCAUGUCGCCGUCCAUGCACCAUACUCACAGCUAUGGUUCCUCGGACGUUCAGCAGCCUGCCAAGACGGGUCCGAUCCGCACCUCUGCUAGCCGUGGCGGUUACCCUAGCCUGACACAGCCCGGCCGCCGCUUCAAACCACCCUACAAGUCAACCCUCACCACUCUCAGCCCCACUGUAUCCAGCUCUGAUCACAACCAGAACUACAACCGCAGUAUCAGCCAUGACAGUCACUACAACCACAGCUACAGCGCCAGAUCUGGUUCGAGCUACAACGCCAGAUCUGGUCCGAGCUACAACGCCGGACCCAGAAAACUCAUGAGUCCUCCGCACAUGCUCAGUCGCCCCAGCUACCAACCUCCGCCGCUCCCACCUGCUAUUCAGCUUAGCGCCUACCAGUACCCGUGCAUGCAUGGUGAGAGCUCCGCGCGGGGCUCCAACCCGCAAUCCGCCGCCGACAGAGCCAUCAUGUCGCUUCCCAUCAACCCGUUGCCGACAGCUCCUACUUGGGCGACCGAGCCUGGCUCUGGGCCCCUACCUCUGCCCAACCCGCCCCCUCAUCCGGCCCAGCCGCGCCGGCCCACCAUGAGCAUCCGCCCGACCCACUCCAACGGGUUCCAGGGCCCCACGAACUACCAUGACCAGCACAUUACAGGCCCCAAUUUUCGGCCCUCCUCGCGUUCAACUCAUAGUCCCGCACCCUCCGCUGACAAUGCUACCCCCAGCCCCUCAACAGUUCAAACCCAACCCCAGUCCAUGGUGAACCCAAGCCCCGCCACUGAUCAUGCUUCACCUUUUGUCACUCGGACCUCCACCUCCCCCACCCCUCUUCUAUCUCGUGGUACCACGCUGAGCGCGUCCCUUUCGCCCACCCCAUUGUCCGCCCUAACUUUGGGCAACAACAACAACACACUCAACGUGGCUCCCGAGCAGAUGGCGACCCAUCUCCAGAUCCUGGCAGCCCACGUUGGCCUCGACGUGCACUUUACGCCUAAGAGCUCGCCUCCCCCUCCGCCACUCUCCAAGAAGGGUCUCUCCAAGACGCCCGAGUCGCUCCACACCACCACGCCCAAGCUUACCCCUCCCCGCACCUCAGGGGGCAAGAACAGCCGCCGCCCGAGCUUUGCCGCCCUGCUCCCGGGUUGCAAAACCGCGCCCCCCAAACACUCGCGUCCGGGCCAGUGGACUCUCGAGAAGCGCCUCAUCUUCGUCGACCGCCUCCUCACCGCCGGCUACAAGAGUCUCAGUCUUUCGGACCUCGCUAGCGAGCUUGAGCUCAAGAAGAAGCAACUCGUCAACCAACUCACCCCCGGUCGUACCGGCAGCAUCCGCGAGCUAUGCAUGAACGCUGCGGCGCGCCUCCAUGAACCCUGCACCGACUGCAAGAAGAAACAGGCUAUUUCCAAGCGCAAAGCCGACAGCGAGGGUCUGGCCGACUUCCUCCUCCGCGGCGUUUCGGAGCGUAUCGACGAGGAUGAGGGCGAGCUCGAGCUCGACGACAACGACGGCAACGAGAGCCUCGAGGAGGAGGAUGAGCUCCCCGACGAGGAUGUCAAGAAGGACGAGAGCCAGUAG